CAGAUUCGGAGGCUCUCGAAAAGUACAUUAUUAAUUUGUUUACAAACAAAUUUAUAGCUAUUCCGUUUCAAUUGCUUUCAGGCAUCAAGCAAUGCUCUCCUGCUCACGCUUCUGCACCGGGCAGGACACCGUAAACAUCGGCGCACAUGCGCAUUAGCAGCUUUGCUUCCUUCCAUUCCUUGCCAUUUCCCUCGUAUCCUGUUUGGACAGUUGUCAGUUCCUCCGUCACGAAAACAUUUCUAUCUGCUCCUUCAUCUGGGUAAUCCAAAGAUUUUCCACUUUCCAACCCAGUUUGGGUACAAAAUGUACACCGCAAAACCGUCCAGCAAGUGAACCGAUCCUCGCAGAAACGCCAACCACCGAAGAUGGCCGUUCUAGGAAUCCACAAACUGAGCAGCAUCAAAUCGAUGAAGCUGUUCGUCUGCCUGAUUGGUGUAACAUCGUUCCUGCUGCUCAUAUUCUGUCUCUACACAACAAUCAGCACACCGGAAAAGGAAGUGGCCCCACUCUCGCUACCGAACGAUGGCUACCAGAACGUUGUGUCGUACGAGCUGCGGCGCAGCCAAACCAUCAUACCGGAAAAGUACAACGAGCACCAGGUAAAGGCACGCAUUAUCCGGGACAAAAUCAAGCGUUUGGUGGGCAACAACAAUCCGCACACCGCUACCGUACCCCCGUCGGAGCAUCGCAAUCGGACCUUCCCGCUGAACCGCAACGUACAGAUCUUCUAUCACGGCACGGUAGCAUGGUACAAGCCGCGUCCAACGCAUCCGUCCGGCGAUCGGUUGAUUGCGCGGAUUUACGAAAACAACUCCGUGUCGUUUAAGCCGAACGAUGAGCCGAUCAUCAACACUGCCUUCUAUCCCAAGCGACGGCUGUACAACACGAGCGAAUCGAUCAUACGGGAGCACUUCAACGAGAUCCAGAACUGUGGCAUCGGCACGGUGGUCCUCGGCUGGCAGCCAAACUUCUCCGAGUACUUGUUGCGCACGAUCUUCAAGGUGGCGGAUCUGUACGAUCUCAAGAUAGCGGUCGAAAUCCUCGAAUACUCCGAUCGCACUAUCGAAAGUAUACGAAGCAACAUAAAGUACUUUGUGGAUGGGUUCGGCAAAGGGCCGGCUGGGACGACCAGCACACUGAGCUACUACAAUGUGCUGUCGAAAAAGCGCGAAUUGCCACUGUUCUACAUACGCAAAGCGUAUCGAAUAAUGGACCCCGAAUGGAAGCGGCUGCUCAGUCGCAACGGAAUCCUUACCAUCCGGGGGGCAAACUAUGACGCUAUUUUGCUUGCACACAUCACCUCCAAGGACCACAAAUCCAUGAUCCGACGGGCGGGCUUUGACGGAUUCUACACGUACCUACCGAGCAAUGGGGCAAACUAUGCCGCUACCUGGAAGAACUGGAACCAGCUGAAGAAGUUUGCCGACAGCUAUCGGCUACUGUUUGUGCCCACCAUCGGUCCCGGAUUCUACGAUCGUCGAAAGUAUCACCGCAAUGUGAAUCAGAACCAUGGCAUUACGAACAUCAAACGGUACCGAUCGAACGGUCAAUACUUUGACGUGGGAUGGCGAACUUCGCUCAAGAACAACCUGCAAAUCAUCACCAUCAACAGCUACAACAACUGGGUCGAUGGAACGCAGAUCGAGGCGGCCAUACCGGUGUUCGGCUUCCGUGACUAUCUACCGGGGCCACCGGAAAAGUAUCUCGACCUGACACAGUCCUGGGUGGAGGAGUACAUCAAGUACAAGCUGAACAACAUCAAGCUGAACAAGAAAACGGAACUUACGCUAAAUUGUUACGAUUUCAUUAACAGUACUAUUUGUUAGGUUGAAUCGGCCAGGUUUUGUUGUUAUCUUACUACACGAAGGUUCUGUAGAUUAGUGCAUGUGUGUGUGCUACGAAUUGACAUAGGUCUUGUUCAGGAUAGCUAGUGAUGCAUCUCGGUCCAUUAGCAUAUGGUGCCUCUCUGUCCCUCGCAGGGAGCACACAGUAGUAGAGAUGAUUGUCGUGUAAUUUUCUUAACGUUGUACCAGAUAACCAGUGUUAAAAUGCUCAAAAGCUGAUACCAAAUUCAAUGCCAAAGUUAGGAUGCUGUCCGCGCCGUAGCCUAGACAUACCAGACACACUGACACGCUAAUGGUAGUCUGUUAAAUAGUUGAAAAUUAUAUUUUUGCCAAAGCCAAGCGACUUAUCGAAAGAUUGUAGAAAGAGCGCAUAGUGUGAGCGCAGAUAGUCGGUGUAGAAUGUACAUAUAUUUUCCAAAGUUCCCAAUAAAUCUGUAUUGAUUAGGUUUUAAAGUAACGUCCCGUGGCCGUCG